AUGGCGGCUGCCAGCGAGUUUCCGACAGAACUGGCGACCCGUCCUUUAGGCCUCACAGCCCUUAUGGGACUUGAUAUUAAUCAGAAACCUUUGCACAAAGCUAUCUGGGAGUCUUUUUCUGUGAACAGGCAUCCUGAGAGAGUUCCACUAUCCUUCAGACUUCUACCAAUUGAUCACGAAUUUCCCAAAGCAAAAUCAAAGCGUUCUACCUAUGAGUGGUACAUACCAAAGGGUAUCUUGAAGACAAAAUGGAUGCACAAACAUCUUUAUCUCUCUCCUGCUGUGGUGGUCAUGUUUUAUGAGUUGGAUUGGGAUGACGUUCAGUGGAAAGACAGGCAAACUGAAUGUGCUUCAAAACUAGAAAGAGUCAGGACCAGCCUUCAAGACCAGAACACUAAGGUUGCUGUGGUUCUUAUCCAAAAGAAUGCUCCUCUUCCUCCAGGUGAUGAUUUACAAGCACUAGAGAGGGCAGCAACACUGUGCAGUGCAUGUGACCUGUCAGCCAAAUCAUUGUUUGUCCUUCCACAUACAGAUCACUUGAUUGGCUACACAAUUAGGCUGGAGAAUGCUUUUUAUGAUUUAGCACAGAGUUAUUACCAUGGAGAAUGUAGGAGAGUUAAAGCCCACAAGGAAUUUCUUAACAAAGGAACUCAUCAGCUAUUGUUGGUGCGACACCAAUUCAAGGUUGCCUUUUUCAAUGAGCUAAGACAAGACCCUCACUCUGCUAUCAAGCACUACAGGCAAGCAUACAGUCUUCUUGGAGAAAUCAAGACAACUGACAUGAACAUACUAGAGAUCAAAGUUGUUGCUGGAUUUAUUAAUUACAAGAUUUGCCGUCUAAGUUUCCAAGCAUCAGCCCCAUUAGAUGCCAUAUCACAAUUCAGAAAGCAUGUGGAUUUGUUUAAGGAAAAGGUUGGCUGCCCUGACUUAGCCUUUGAACACUCAGCCUGGCUCUCCAAACAGUUCAGUUUAUUUGGAGAACUGUUUGAUGAAGCCAUCAGAAAUGGUUUAACCGCCUUACAGACUCAACACCCAGGAUUUUACUAUCAACAAGCAGCAAACAAUGCCAUUGUCAGGAGACAGCUUUGCCAGGGCUUGUGUCAUACUACCACUCCACUUACUAUGAAUCCCUUAGAAAAUGCUGGAAAUCUCGACUUCUAUGGUCAGAGACCUUGGAGACAAGGUUUUCAAGGAACAGAACCACCAGAUGCAGGAAUAGAGAAGGCUGGAAUUAUAGCCUUGCAGUCCCAAGAAAUCCAAGUGGACCAUUCUUGGGUUAUCAUUCCCCUUCUCAGUAGUGCAGUGGCUCAGUUUAAAAAGUACAAAUCACCCAGGAUGAAGAGAUACCUGAUGGUUCAGAUGGGUGAGGAGUAUUACCACGCCAGGGAUUACAGUAAAGCUUUAUUGUUGUUGGGAAAAGUCACGUGGGAUUACCGCAGAGAAAAAUGGUGGUCACUUCUCACGUCAGUUUUAAUCACAUCACUGAGGUGUGCAUACUUGGUUGGCAAUGUGGAGGAAUAUAUCACCCUUUCGCUUGAAUUGACAGGAAGAUAUGUUGAAAAUUCACCUGAAGAGAAAACAAGAUGUCAGACUAAUCUUAUUCACGUCAUGUCGAAUGAAUGUCCUGAGCCCGAGCCAGGCUGUGACUUUGAAGCAGUGGAAGAAGCUAAGGAGCUAUGGAAAACACUUAAAGUGACACCACAGGCACCCCAAGUAUUUACCAUACAGAUGGAACAAAUAGCACCAUUUGUGGAAUGUAAGCCAGUCUUUGAUUCAGUUUCAACAACAGCAGAUUCUACCAUCCUUCUUCAAAUUUACUUAAGGGUUUCUUGCCCAUUUCCCCUCCGAUUCUCGAAGAUUGCCGUUUUCUUUAGCAAAAGAAAACAUGACGCUAACGGAAUCCGAAGGUUUGAGAUCGAGAGGUCGUACUUCGUCAAAUGCUCUCAAGUAGGAUCGCGGACUGUAACAGCAAAGAUUAUCUAUACUGUAGAUGUCCAAGUAGAACCAAAUUCUUCGCCAGUCACCUGUACCUGUGCCAAGUUGGAGAGACUGGAUCAGCUGUUCGAAGAAGAACCAUUCCUCUUAUUAGCUGGCAUCAAAUGCACCUCACCUUGGCCUGUUACCAUGGUCACCACUACAUUGAAUAUGUCUCCAGAAGUGAAUAUUGUGGGCGAAGAGAUGGGAUCGCAGCUGCAAGGAAUCUAUUUGCAACAGGGUGAAAGUGCGUCGGAAUGCUACUGCUUAGCUGUUAAAGAGGGUGUCAGUAAACUGAAGGUCGUGAACAUUGGAAGUCUUGCCCUCCAGUGGAGACGAACUUCUGCGGCUGAUAAGUUUCCAGUUGUGGUCACAGAGCUCACUUUCCCCUCUGUAACAGUAGAGAGUGUUCCUUUUGCGAUACAGGCAGAUUUGCCUGCAUACGGCUGUGUACAGAGCCCACUUUUCGUAAGCUAUCUCGUCCGCAAUAGAACGCUUCAAGGUCAGGAAGUCGAAGUCACAGUGGAGCCAAGUGACGCCUUUAUGUAUUCAGGUCAUAAACAGAUUCAAUUUCGUCUGCGGCCAACUGGCGAUCACAGGCUCAAGUUCAGUUUGUACCCUCUUUACGGGGGCUUUUUGACUCUUCCCAAGCUGCAUUUCAAACUGCCUCGCUUUCAGGUUAGCUGAGAUGAACAUGCGCAGAAAUUGGUUCCGACCAAUGUUUUUAUAAAGCCUCGAGGCCGGGAAUUGGAAUCUGAGAAGAAGCCUGGUUACGAGUACUAAAGAUGGCUAAUGGAACAGUGGAGACUGGAGACAAACUUUCCAGUUAUAGUCACAAUAGGAUUUUAAGCAGCAAAGUGAUGCAGCGGAGAUUUGAACCGCUGUAAACCGCCAGCCACAUGAAGGAAAUUCUUUAGUGGGGGCUUUUGUCCACUGGCUGGUGAAUUGCAGGAUGUUUAAGGCCAAACAACUCUGUGGUUAACAGAUACGCUUACGUGUUUUUGCGCGCAUGUCGUACUGAUAUCACGUAGAAUCAGUUGCACUACUUCCUUUGGGUGGAUUAAGAAAUUAAGAGUAGCGCUAUUACAUGGAACGACGACUUGCCUGACGAUUUUGGCUCCGUUUGUGAGUUUCUCUCUCUUGUUGAGUGGGGGUGACAUUUCCCAGUUUUGUUCAUAUUUAACCCUUGAAAUUUCGGGUGGAGCGCGUUUUGACUAUGUGUCGUAAAACUGAAACCAAAAUAAUCCCAACAGCCAAUCAAAAGGAAAAAAUACUUUGAAGAGCCAAAGAGAAAUCAAAGUGAACACAACCAAACUGUCUAAAGCGCGGGAGAGCACGGGCGACUAAGUCGUGGUUGGUUUUAGUUUUGCAUCUGAUUGGUUGAAAGUGAGUGGCCCAAGUUUUCUGGAUCAAUGACAGAGUGGAACAAACAAACGUAAUCUUGGAUUGAAAAUUGCCCUAUGAGUUCAAGAUUUCUUUCGCGUGGUCGUUGACUUGGGCCAAGCCUGAAUCAAUUAUCACACAGAGAAAUCAAAAGCGAAUGAUUAAACUGUUUAGUUGAACUUCUAAGUUGAACUCGUUCAAAACUUAACAACGAAACAGGCUCAUGAUUUUUUUAGACACCUGGACAGUAUGAGGCUACGUAGUUGCGUAGCCAAUCAGAUUGCAGCAUUUGUGAAUUUCUACUGAUAUGUGAUUUAUGAUAUUUCUGUGAAUUUAUAGCUUAUACCGUCGAUUCUUAAAGAAGUUAUCGUUCCUUAGCAAGGAAAUUGUAAAAGUCAACAUAGUCUUAGUCAUUUAAACUUAACUGGAAAUAAUGUAAAAAAAACAACAACAACAAAACAAACAGGCAAUACAAAAAUGUUUAAACUACGACGAAUGACUAAAAUUAAUGGCAGCAGCCAUAUUUUUUAAUUGAAAUUUAGGAAAUAAAAAAAAACAAUG